GAGCCUGCAGUACCUCCUCCCGGCCUGCUGGUGGCAGUAAAGAGACUUCCCCGUCGGAUCCUGACGAUGUUAAUCUCCACAGACAAAGAAUGUCAUAAUCAAACAAAUGCUGCACGUCUUGUGAUAUUACUAUAUUCCAUUAAAAACAUUAUUAUUAUUAGCGCCAUAACAACAGUAAUGGCGGCGUCGGUUUGAAGCGGAAUAAAGGAGGAAGAUGUGAUGAUGUGAAGCUGCUGGACUCACACACGGAAUGUUUUAAUGUGGAGGAAUAAAAAGAAGGUUUGUAUCAUGUCCGAGUCGGUCCAGACCUCUCCCGACAGUCUGUGUAAACUGGUCCGCUGGGCUCACAGCCACGGCACCAUCUGCAGCCUCAUCCCCAACCUGCAGCACCUGGCAUGUGUCUCACCUGAGACACCUGGUCCCCAUGGCAACAGCGUGGGCGUGGCUGCGUGGAGCUGUGGAGCCGGCCACGCCUACCACUGGCCCCUCAGUGACGACAACAACAACAUCAACAACAACAUCUCAGCUAACAGCAGCCAGGACAGGUUCGUUGGUCGGAGUCCCGCCAAUAAGGUGACAGUGAGGGCGUCAUGUGACCUCUCCGGCAGCGAGGCGGCGUCGGAGGCGGAGGAGUUCACCAGCCGCAUGUUUGAUGGUUGUGAUUCGUCGGCUACAGACGAAGACGGCGACUACGAGCCCCGCCCCUCCAGGAAGAGAGGCGGGGCCUCAGGAGGAGGAGGAGCCAGUGGGAAGAAGAUCAAACAGGAGGAAACGUCUGCAGAGGAUUAUAAUAACUCUGCUGCUAACACAGAGACAGACGCUGUCUUCAUUUCUACAAACACACACACACAGAUCACACACACACACACACACGGAGCAGCAGAGGAGCCGAAGACGGAGCUGAUAGGAGCAGGAGCAGGGAGCUGCGUGACAGGGACCAUUGACCAGGCUGAGAGAUGCAGCUCCGCCACAGAGACUACAGAGAAGACAGCAGGUUUGGGGCAGCAGGAGGAGCUGGAGAAGCUGCAGGCGUUGCUGUGUGCAGAACGAAGCCGUACCCAGCAGAUGGCGGAGAUGAUCUCCAGCCUGAAGCAGGACAAAGAGCUGCUGCAGCACGAAGUCACCAAGAAGGCUGAGCUCAUCUGUGACUUCCUGCAGGACAAGCUGCGGCCAGAGAAGAGGUGGCCUUGUUCCUCCAAUCAGAUGGAAGCAGGAAGUUCCCACAUGGCGUCCUCUGACGACGUGGGAGGCUUCGACACGCCGACGCUCUUCGACUCCUUUGAGGAGGUGGAGCUGCACCUCCUGGACCGCCACCGCAGCCUGAAGACCAAGAGGAACCGGGACGGAGAGAACCCCCGAGUCAGGAUGAAGAACGUGGUGGGGGUGAUAGCGCGCUACAUGGCGGCGCUGCAGGAGUUUCGCCGCAGCGUCUCCAUGAAGGUGGCCUUCGACCGCGUCGGCGUGGAUCGGAACACCAUCUCCCGCACGGCGGCCAUCGCCGAGCUGAGCCUGGCGGCGCCGGAGGUGUUCCACGGCCUGGCGCCCUGGGACGAGAAGGAGGAGACGCUGGCCCACUACUCCCACCGCUGCAAACAGGCCAUGGACGACAACAUCCGGGCCAAGAUCAAGACCAUGAAGGCCAAAGGAGAACUGCUGCCCAUCGUGUCCAAGUGACAGUACGGGGACCGGCUGGACAUUAGAACAGGAGGCCAGGCCUGGACGCUCUCAUUCUACAGGAACAUGUGUUAUUUGUUGUUUUACUGCCACAUUUCUGCUGCUGAGGAAAUCUGUCUGCCUUCUAUAUAAUACAGCUGCAUCUAAAAAAUAUCAGAAUAUGGUAGAAAAGUUUAUUUAUGUCAGUAAUUCAAUUCAAAAAUUCUAUUUCAAUUCAAUUUUGUGUGUUGUUUUACAAUAAACCACUGAAAAUGGAGCAAAAUUAGAAUAUGAUAGAAAAGUUUAUUCAUUCAAAAAUACACAAAAUGACUAAAAAA